AAACCAAAAAAAAAAAACUUCAAUAUAUCGUUGCUUUUGUAUUUGUACGUGAAAUGUUUAAUAGUAAUGUACAAUAAGUGGUAAAAUGAACUAAGGCUAACCUAAUGUCUUCUCUUUUGAAACCAUACAUGCUAAAUUGGUUUGAGAUGGUUUGUGAGCAUCUAAAGGUGCAACAGAAACCAAAUAAGGCUUCAAUGCGGCUCGUGGAAGUGUUCUGUGAAGUGUCAAUGAGAUUUUGCCAGAGCAACACCGAAGGCAGCAUUAAGAUUUUGGAGAUUCUUAUACUGAGGUUUGGCGCUGUUGUGAUUGACAAAGAUGCACAUUUCAAUCUUCGUCUAGAGGCCAUUAAGACAAUAAACUCGAUGCUGGACAAUGCUUCAAAAGAGACUCGUAAAAACAUAUGCCAGUCUGAUCAUAGUUCUCUGCUAGAGGAAUUUGCUAAAAUGAUCAUUGAUGUUGGUGAUUAUGAAAUGCAGGUGGCCAUUUCUGAGGCGCUCUGUCGGAUGACGCCAAAGAAACUAAGGGAGGAAUUGGUUGGCAAGUGGUUCAGCUACAGAAGCUUUGCUUCAACUUUCACAACAAUAAGGGUUAAAGAGUUUGAAACAGAUUGUAGGAUAUUUCUGAAUGAACUCAACAACUAUUUUGGGAGUUCAAGAAGUGUGUUUUCAUAUCCAUGCAUAAGGGCAUUUCUAGACACCACUGAGUUGUUUAAACCUGAGGAUGAACUUUUGCAGAAAUUCUGGGUAGACUUCAAUACUGGGACAUCUUGCAUUGGCUUCUAUGUAAAUGACCCACAAGAAACUCUUUGGGAACUUAUUCAUUUGCCUAAAGAAGCUGUCAGUUCAUACAACCUACAAGAAUGUGGGGAUCAGAAGAUCCUGAGUGUUCACAUGUCACUUCCUGUCUGUCAUGGAAAGACCACUGGGAAAAUGGUGCAGGUUACCUUUGACUCUAGGCAUGACAUUGAAACUGCUGUAAACAAAGUCUAUGCUGGAAGAGAUGAAUUGCAGCUGCUAGAGAUGAUAAAGCAUUCUGCAGGUCAGGAAGACUCAGGAAUUCCAACUACUCCGAUUGAAAUUAAACAGAUGUUCACCAGUCCUUCUAUCACAGACACUUCAGGAAGAGCCCAAGGUUACUUUGCUCUUCAGAGUGGGCCUGGGAAACUGCCAUUAUACAAAUAUAGGACAUUCCCAACAGAAGACAAAUAUUCUCGAAUAAAUGAUUCUGACACAGAGGAGACACAGGAUAAAGCUGCUGUUUUCAGUCAGUCUGCAUCCUCUAAUGGGUCUAUCAGUUCUGUUAAGUCCUUUCCAUCUGCAAAAUCAACACAAAAGAGGAAAAUUAGGAUGUUUCACUCUGAAAGUGACAGCUGUGUCUCACCUGGUGAGAGAGCUUUACUCAGACACAAACCUCAAUGUGACUACACCAGGAAAAAAAAACGGCUGAAGAGUAAACUCAGAGUUCUCCCACUUUCCUCACCAAGUAGCAAUGAAGAGAAGUACUUGAAGGAAUCAAUCCCUAAACACAAAUCAGAGAGCGAGAGGGGUGAAGGAAUGGAUGGGAAGCAGAAUCUGGAUCUUUCUGACCAACCCAAGGAGUCAAUUCAGGAUUCAAUGUUUCAAGACCAUACAUUUGAAGAUUCUGUUUUCACACAGGAGGAACCUGUUGGAUCUACUGAGAAGGACACUGUAGACAAAGAACCAUCUGUGCCUCCAAACAAAAGACUACUGGCAUCAGCAGAAUUGCAUGUGGGUCGUGAGGUUGAAAGUGAUGAGCAGCUCUCAUUCUCAACACUAAAACCAAGAAAACUAUUCAUCUCCCCCUCACUGGAGAGUGGUAAAGUGAUGGAAGAUGAAGAAUCUGAGGCAGAGUUGAGUUCUGGAGUCAUGGCUGCCUUUGAUUCCUUUAAAGCUCAGCUAAGUGAACACUUCUCUUUGAGGUAUAAGAAGACUGAAACAAAGUCAUUGAGAUCUUUGACUGAUUGCCAGGAAACUGUAUCCUCUUUGCUAAAAACAGUGCAUGAUCAAAGGCUUAUUCAUUUGGAAUGCUUCCAGAAUGCUGUAGUGCACCAGCUGGCUCAGCUAGAGCAGAACUGUCUUUCCCUAAAGAGCAUUGAGAGGGAGACGGUGGGUUUUUGGCAGUCAUUGUCUGAUACUGUGAGAGCAUUCUGCAAUAAGCAGCAAAAGAGGUUGGAUUCUCUAGAGUUAAAUAAAGAGGAGGUCCAAACCCACCAGAGGCAAGCAGAGGGAACAGAAACAAUGCCGAGCAUGGCACGAGGAGAACAUGCAGACUACACACAGAAAGGCCCUAGUCAGCCAUUGGGCUCAAACUCAGAACCUUCCUGCUGUGAAGUGACUGCACCACCAUGCCACCAAAUAUGGAAUUUCCCAGCAACCCUCCUAGUCACAUGAUAUCACUGGAAAGGCCAGGAUGCACUCUUUACAAGACACCAGGAUUCAAGUGAAUGGCUUGAAAGCGUAAGAGGGUGUGCACGUAAAACAAAUGUCAACUACAGAGGACACAAGUCUAUGGGUUGGUUCUCAGGAGGUUACCUCAACAUGAAUUUUGAAAUUGUUUGCAAUUAAUAGGGUUAAGAGGGUUUUUUUUUUAACCCGAGAUUUUCUUUUUCAUUUUGAGACUUGCUAUUAGUGAUGUAAUUACAAACAAUUAAAAUUCAGCAAUCAAAAGCAAUGGGAAAGCUAACCAAUUGGCAAUAUGCUAGGUUAGAUGCUUAUUCAGUCACCUACAAUGGUGCUUAAACAAGUGGUUUGCCAGUCAUCAAAUCUCAGCAAUGGCAUGUCUAGCAUGUCUGUUAAGACAUGAUAGGGUUUUUCAGGAGUGCAGGGUGGGGGGUUUUAAAUAAAUAAAUAUUUAAUUUUAAAUGGAGAGUGACAAGUGGCUAUUAAGUCACUUUCUUGUCCCAAGGCAUACAGUUGUGGUGACAAAUAGGUGCCAGGACACAUGGGUGGUGGGCAGAGGACACAUGCUCUUUCUCUCAGCUCACAGUUGCCUGGCUCUGUGGGGUGGCUUCAGGCCACUUUGUCUAGCUGAAGGAUAAACACUGCUGGUACCUGGCUCUGAUUGAUCUGAAACAUCAUUUAAAAUGAAGAAUUUAAGAAACUCCACAACCACGUAAUUUUUGGUGGUAAAUCUGACAAUUUUUUUCUUCACCUGGCUUAUGUUUUGUGAUGUAAGAUAUUGCAUCAUUAUUAUAUACAGUAUAGAUAUGCAUAUCAAAGCUAUAUACAUUAAAUAUUCAAAUAAGCUGGAUGUCAGUUGUUGACAGCAACAGUGUUGACUGCAGCAGUGAUUUCUUUCCAUACUACAUUUUCUGACUUAUUAUGGUGCUAUUUUUCAGGCUGUCACAUAGUUUCAUACAAUUGAACUUGCAACAUGAGAGCUUCUACUUUGAGGGUGGAGAAGUUUCUCUUCUUGGCUGUAUAAUGCCUUUCUGUGUCACAAAGUCUAGGGGCGUGGUCUCUAAACUGAGAAUAUUUAGAGGUGUGAUGUUUAAAUGAUGAGGGAUUUCAGCCGCCACAUUUAUCAACACUCAAUCAUUCUUAUGCUGUGAAUGGAACAAACAUUUUCAUGAAUUAAAAGUGAACCCUGCUGUACGGUGAUUUCUACACAAAAAUCUGUGCUGGUUUCUAUGUUGGAUUAUUAAAUUAGAGCCAGUCUGUUUUAACUAGUAACACAUAAAUUAUUGCUUUGUGUAUGUUGGAAAAAGUAACCCCUAUGCUAAUGACUUCAACAAAAGCUAAUUAGAGUCUAAUUACAGUUUUUCAAUUGCUUAAACACUAAAUCUUGGAGAGUUGACAAGAUAACCAUUGCUUUAAUUUAGUCCUUAAAAUUGACACUAUUCCCAGAAUUACAAACCCUUCUCCUGCCGUUACUGUCAUGUCGCAGACUGGUUGCACCAUUUAAGCAGAUCUUUAAACACAAAUCCCACUGCUGAAGCACAGUUCCUACCCUACAAUCACUCAGAAAACACUACCACUCUCUAAUGAACACAAUCUGUCACAACAUGAGCUUAAUUAGCACACACCUCUCUAAAUGAAAACUGUGUCAAAUUGCUUCACACUCUACGCUAAACUACUGACUGCAAAAAAUGUAGCCAUGUGUGGCUGGGUUGUUUUUGAUAAACCUAAAAAUGGAAACUAGACCGGGAGCCAGAAGAGGAUGAUCGCAAGCACAGACCAGAAGAACUGUAAUAUCAGAUGAUAUUGGUGCUACUAUGGCUGACCAUGCGUUUAUCCGUGGAUUGACCAUGAGAGAAGCUAGGCAACGAGUGCAUCUGAAUCUUAGUCACUACACAGUUGCUUCCAUAGUCUGUACCUUCAGAAUUGAGAGGGUAAAAGCACUUCUGUAUUUGCAGAUAUCUUGAUUACAGUAAAAUGUUCAUAUUGCCAGUACUGCAUAGAUGCUACACAAAAAAUUACACUGUGUAUAGAUCGUACACUUUUAUUCUACACUGUACAUUUGAUUGCAGCUCUCAGAGAUGCAUUGCUUUUUGUAAUAGAAUUGUCAGGCUGCCUUAUAGUGAAGGCAGACAACGCCUCUUGUCAGAUACAAAAGAAGAGGCAAUAGUGAAUAUGGUUGUGGCCAACAAAGUUAUUUGCUUACAGGAAAUUCAGAGCCAUCAAACAAUAUAAGCAAACAUUCUAAGGUAUAAAUCAAAUUAGCAUCUUUUACUAUUGACUGAAUGCCAUUCCAGGGUUUGGUAAAUUCAAAUUAGCUGUAUGGUGGUGAGGAUAUUUGUACAGGUUGUUUCUGAGUCGGCUAAAGCGCCAUGUUUGUCGUAUGUGCAUACGUGUCAAGUUAUGUGGUUUCCUCGUAUUUUGUACCGAAAAAUGCAUUUUUUUUUGCUAAUACAGCGUACGCUGAUUUUCAUAUGGGAAAAUGACGUUUUGUAUCAGAGAUUUUUUCCGUUACUCCAAGAAUUUUCUUAGCAUCCACCAUUUAUUUUUUCAAACACACAUGCCCAAUGAAACGGAACUAUUUUCGAUUUAUGUGGUUUUAUAGUUGCACAUGGUUUUCUCGGUCAUUUAAGUACAUCGGCUCAGACUGCCCAGACUUCUGUGACUGCUGCAGAAGUUAUGUUCUGCCAAUUUCUCGUGGAAUACAACAUCCCCCCCGACUGUGACAGACCAUUUUUCGCAGCUAGUGGAAAAAAAAAAGUUUUUCGAUUCAAAGACUGCACAGGCAAGCAUUUUUUUUUUUUUAGUAUUUUUUAAUAAAGUUUUUACUGUUUGCAUGUAGGAAAGCUUCCUCCAUUAUUAUGAUAAUUUAGGAAGGUGAUAUUGGGAGUCGCCGUUUAUACAAUGGCAACUGUAGUUACCCGGUGAUUUCUGGUUUCGCUUCCGUAAACAUUUUAAUUGCUGAUAGACAUUAUAUGUAGACACAGAUGAUCAACACUCGUUACUACCAUCAGUUAUCAGUAAACUGGAAAAGUAUUGAAUGAAGAGUAAUGGUGGUAAUGACUGUUGGUAACCUAUCUCUAAAAUGUGUAGUAGGGGAUGGAAGCAAUUUAACACCAUCUACUCUACAUGUUGGCUGUGCUCUGAUUUUCUUUUAUUGACCAGGAAAAUAAUAGAUGUAUAUUGGGGAAAGGUCUUCGAUGUAAAAACUGCUCUGGGUGUUGCCAGGUUUCCAAUGCUGAAACAACUUUUUACUGCUUUGCUGUGCCUCCCACAUAGCAAUGCAGAUAGUGAGAGGGCUUUUUCAUUAGUUAGGAAAAUUCAUAUUGAGUACAGAAAAAAUAUGGCUGCAGACACAUUAACUGCAUAUCUGCAAAUUAAAAUGAACUGUGAUGAGGAGCUACAAUUGCUACCCAAGCAGUGAUGAUAUAGCUAGUGCCAAAUCUGCAACAUCUUUGUACAACAAAGAACACUCCAAAAAGGAAUAAGAUUUAAAUUCUUGUUAUAAAUUACUGGGAAGA